AGUUAAGAGUUAAAGUUUCUUUUCGGUAAAUAGGAAGUGAAAUCAUGACAGUUUUCAGCUACAAUAAUGAAGCUCUACGUGUUUAUAUCACAUGGGGCGGACUUCUUAUUAUUAAAAUGUUAAUCAUGUCAUUUUUGACAAUUUUCAAUCGCAUAAGAAAAGGUGCUGUUGAAAAUCCAGAAGAUGUAGCACAAAAUCCAAGUUUUGAGAUCAAAAAAGACGAAGAUGUUGAGCGUAUCAGGCGUGCUCAUUUAAAUGACCUUGAAAACGUUCCCGCAUUUUUGUUAGCAGCAUUAAUGUAUAUUAUAACGGAACCUGAUCCAACUGUUGCUUCAUGGCUUAUCAGAAUCGCUGUGCUCUCAAGAAUCUUCUACACAGUUGUCUAUGCCAUAUAUCCGAUUCGUCAACCUGCUCGUGCUAUCUGCUUCUUCACAAUGCUUGGAAUAACAAUUUUCAUGAUCAUUUGGUCUAUGGCUGUUUUUUUCCACAUUUAAUUAUUAACAUAAGCACUAAUUAUAGACUUAAGUUUUAAUUUUAUGAUGUCAUCGCACAUUGUUGUAUUGUGUAACAAUUAAAGUUAUUUUGUUAUUUUCUAUUCUAUUUUUAAAGAUUUCUGAUGAAAUAUCACGUAUGUUUUUGCAAUAAUAUUGAUAGUUAAGUCUUUGAAUUUUAUAUCAGGCUAAGAAUUUCUGAGAUUGGGGAUGGUGAGUAUUAUGUCCUACCAUGGAGCAGUUUUUAGAAUGCGCUAAUAAUUCAGUUCCAAAAAGUACAUAAAAUUUUUGGCAAUUAAAUUAAAAACGGUUUAAAUAUGGAAUGCAAAUGGAAGCCAACUAGUAGAGGCAACAUCUAAAUGGAUUCCAAAGACAGUUUUUCCUCUACCUUGUGUCGCUCGAGCAGCAAAAGAGAAGGAAAGGACGAGGAGCUCUGGAUAAGCAACUGAGACCUUUGAUCAAACAAUAUGUGUACAGUGAAAUCAAAACAUCUGACAACCAUGUAAUCAACAUGAAUUAUUAUGGUAUGUGAUAAAGUAAAAGCUAAUAAAGUGGAAGUGAAGCU